AGAAAUCGACCAUGUAACACUACAUGCCUACGCAUGCUGCAAAUUGGGUGCAAUGCAACUUUUUCUUCCAAUUCUCCACUUCCUCGACUAAUCUUGAUGGACUGGAGGCCAAUUCUGAUUUAAUUAUUUGUUAUUUAUGUCAUUAAGUAUCUCAAGCGCACCUAUAAGUACGAGCGAGAUGCCUAAUUAGAUUUUGAAUUUUGCGCCCACCAAUCAGCGUGAGCGAUCGUCAAGGAAACAAAACAAGAUCAAACUCUGAGCAAAUUGUUAAAUCAGAAUCAGCUUACCGGCUACUUUGAGAAUUUCAAUUUACUUAUCGAUUAAAAUGCAACGAGCGAAACGAUGACUUACAAGUUGCUGAUAGCACCUAGACUUCGUUAGAAUACUUUUCACCCAUGUGAUGUGAGGCAAACAUGAAUUUCAAACUGUUUUGUUCAAUUAUCACUGUUGCUACUUGGAGCUAUGGAGUUUUUGGGCUCUAUAAUAAGGACGUAGUAUGCGUUUUGGAUAAGGGCGAAGAACCUGUAUGCAAAGUCCUUCGAAGGAAUAAUGAAGGAAAAGUCGCAACUGACAAUUUUACUCCAGCAUAUGACCCUUACAUACCAAGAUCCAACGUUAAGUUGUACUCUUGCUCAGAAACUGAGUGCAAUGCUUUAAAACUAGACUCCAUAUCUCAGAUCACAUCCCCCACUAUGUUCUUGCAAUCAUGUUAUUUAAAAGCACCUGAGAAGUACGAAUGCGAGAAAGUAAGAUACAACUAUUUAAAAAAUAUCGACAAAUUACUUUUCUUGUCAAAUACUAUACCAGACAAACAGUUUUAUAUGGUUGAUUGUUUAGUUUAUAAGAAGGGUGAACGUGUUUGUCAUAGUAAGGACACUAUCGACUCUCAUGUGAAAUUAGUAGACGCUGGGAAUAUAGCGAAACCCAACGAGUCAGCCAUAUUGUCGCAGGACGAAUUUGUGUGUCAACAGAGCAACGAAGGUGAAAUUCUCUGUGAUCUCAACCCCUACAUACCGUUAGCCACAGGUCUUAAAUUCAAGGAAUUCCCAAAAAUUGUACCAGAAGUUCUACUAAAAACUAAGAAAUUUUUCGUCCUGCUCAAACUUAAGUGUUGGAACCCGUGGUGUGGAUACACAGGCCGAGUAUUGAAAACAAGGAGAUCUUUUUCUUACAGACCUCCCGGUGGAGAUAUUUACCGUUGUUUUUAUGGUGAAGGACAACAGAUUUGCAAGAGAAUUUCAAGCAUAUACGACGAGCGAGGAUCAGUAGUGGGUGAUUAAACUUGCUUCGAAAUAAUUUCAAAAGCCUUUUUGAACCAAUCCUAACCACAUUUUCCUGGAACGAAAUACCAUAAGGCGAAGUGAAAGUGAGUUGGGCCAUACUGGCCGCCAUAAAAUUACAUACGGUGGUCCCAUUAUGUUAUUAUUACGAUUGAUUUCGACAUCGCAACAAAGGACUGUGUUCUGUAUUUCCCAAUUAUUUCGUUCUAUAUUUUUGUGUUUUCAAGUUUAAGACGUGCCAUACUUAAGAACCCAAAAUUUUCUGGUCAAAAUAAAUAGAUUUCCGUAUGA